AUGCUUCAUCAGCAUCCCCAGAAGCUUCCUCUGCUUCCGUUGCAGGCAGAGGUUCAUGAUAUCGCUGGGCUCGAGCUUCUCGAUGCGCAUCUGUCAACAAACAAGCAUGCAUGGAGCACGCCACCAUGGGCACGUCGUCUAGGGUCUCUCGCCGACGAAUCAUCUUCUGGGCUGGUCCCUUUGCUUGUCGGCUUGCCUAUCCUUUGCUCGAUCGCAGCUCACUUCUACUUUCAGAUGUUCUCGACACUGCACAUCUAUCUUGCUCUCGUCUGGAUCGGUCUUCCUACAGCAACCACCUCCAUGCUGAUCUCUCUUGCCUCUCGACGUCACAGCAAAAGCGACAGACCAAGACAGCACAUUAAAGCAACGGUACUGCUAGCUCUUCUUGGCACCGUCGCUUGGAGAACUUUCACAACCAGUUCCCGACGUGGCCUCUCGAUUCCCGCAUUACUACCGCUUCCCAAUAAUCAGACUGUCUUCGUCGCCAUCAACCUCUAUAAUUCAGAGCACCUCUUUCCUGCCUUCUCAAACUCACUUCUCCAACUUGCUCAUCAACUUGGUGAGGACAAUGUCUUCUUCUCUAUCUAUGAAAGCAACUCUGAGGAUCACACAAAACAGCAUCUCUCGCAGCUCCAACACAGCUUCAAUCAACGGGGCAUUCAGAAUCGCGUUCGCAUGCUGGACAAUACUCGCAGACAAGAUCUCGAACGCAUUCAUCGCCUCGCCAUCAUCAGAAAUGAGGCUCUUAGUCCGAUAAGUGACGGCAUCUACGGUCUCCACAACCGUACUUUUUCCAAGCUCGUUUGGCUGAACGACAUCUUCUUCCGUCCUGAAUCGGUAUUGGAGCUCCUGUCCACCAACGAAGGGCGGUUCGAUCAAGUCUGCGCUCUCGACUACCUGCCUCUCGGCUUCUAUGAUACCUGGGUCAUGCGAGAUGUAGACGGUUUUCGACCCACUCCAUUGUGGCCUUACUUCAAGCGCGAACAAGAUGUUGCCAGCUUGCGCAGAGGCGAGCCCAUUCUCGUGAACAGCUGCUGGAACGGCAUCACGAUCUUCGACGCAAAGUGGUUCCUUCCGACUCUCCAGACAGAUGCCAACACUACGCCAAUACCUGGUCCAGAUGGCGGUCCCCUCCGUUUUCGAACGCAUCCCGAAUGCCUCGUCUCCGAGUGUCUUCUUCCGAGCUACGACAUUCACAUCCGCAGCAAAGAGCGGCCCCUCAUCUUUGUCAAUCCAAGAGCCGUAGCCACUUACCAAUACCGGGACUACCUCAUGUACGACGUGAUCAUGCGAUCGAACAUCGUCAACCUCUGGAGUCGCAUCUGGCAGGACCUGAUCAGCCAUUCUCUCUUCGGCUUCUUCGCAGAAAUGGGUCGCAAAGCGGAUGAAUGUGCAGACGCUCUCCGAGGCGGGUGGAAAGCUGCGUAG